GAGUGCUCAGCCAGCGGCUCCCCCUCCUCCAUCCCCUACCCCUCAAGCAGCACCCUCUCCCUCGAAGCCUGCACCAGCGGCUGAAGCUGCCGUGAAGGAGGAGAAACCUGUAGAUUCCACUCCUGUUCGGCGCAGCCUUGUAUUCAAAACGCACAGAACGCAUGAGGAUGUCCCAGUGUCUCAGAUGCGAAAGAUCAUUGCAAAGAGGCUGCUCGAAUCCAAGCUCAACCUUCCACACUCGUACAUGACGGUGGAGGUGGAGAUGGACAACUUGCUGGAGCUGCGCAAGAAAUUUAAUGACAAGAAUGGCUCGAAAGUUUCUGUCAACGAUUUCGUGAUCAAAGCUGUUGCGAGCGCCCUGAGAAGCGUCCCCGAGGCUAACGCGUAUUGGACUGAAGACAGCAUCAAGUUCAACCAGAGCGUCGAUGUUUCUUUUGCUGCUGCCACUCCAGCUGGGCUCAUCACCCCAGUCAUCCGAGAUGCAGACAAGAAGCCGAUAUUGAAGGUCUCUGCUGAAGCCAAGGACAUGGCGGCGAGGGCCCGGGGGAACAAGCUCAUGCCCGAAGAGUUCACCGGAGGAUGCACUUCUGUGUCGAAUCUGGGGAUGUAUGACAUCACAGAGUUCAUCGCUGUGUUGAAUCCUCCUCAGUCCACUAUUUUUGCCGUUGGGAGCACCACACCGAAGCUUGUGCCAUCUGAGAAAGGAGGACUGAAGACCAAGAAUGUCAUGAAGGUCAGCCUGACCCACGAUGGGCGAGUGGUGGAUGGAGCGCUUGCGGAGAAGCUUUGCUCAAUCUUCAAGGAGGCGAUUGAAAGCCCGGCAAUGAUGUUCAUGUGA